GGGGGGGGAUGGACCCCCCUCUGCCCCCCCCCCCCUCCCGCCUUUGCAGGGAAGGGGGAAAGGGAAGAUCUACUUCUGAACACAGCACUGGAUAGAGAGCGAGGUGGUGUGGAACCGGGGUGGCGGCUUAAUUUGGGGUCACCGUAGAUGGAAAAGAGAGCCGGAAUUCGGUGGGUCUCUCGUUAAGACAAGGCGCCCAGAGUUCAGGCUCCAGAGUUUAGUUUUCGUUUUCCUUUUGUGUUCAUUCUGAAGCCCCAGAAUGGAGUUGGAACUCAUGGAGAAUGACAUUUUAGAGUCACUUGAAGACCUCGGUUACAAAGGUCCAUUGUUAGAAGAUGGAGCUCUGACCCUGGCAGCUUCUGGUGGAGCCACUUCCCCUGAAUAUACCAAACUCUGUGCUUGGUUGGUUUCAGAGUUGAGACUGUUUUGCAAACUAGAGGAAAAUGUACAAGCAACUAACAGUCCAAGUGAAGCCGAUGAGUUCCAGCUUGAAAUUAGUGGGUUACUAGGUGAAAUGAAUUGUCCUUAUACAACAUUAACAUCAGGAGACGUCACCAAGCGCCUUCUCAAUCAAAAAAACUGCCUCCUGCUCCUCACAUACCUCAUCUCAGAAUUAGAAGCUGCUAAAAUGCUGUAUGUGAAUGCUCCCCCGAAAAAAGCUCAGGAAGGUACUGGUAGUGAAGUAUUUCAGGAAUUAAAAGGCAUAUGCAUUGCUUUAGGCAUGUCAAAGCCCCCAGCCAACAUAACAAUGCUCCAGUUCUUCAGUGGAAUAGAAAAAAAGUUAAAAGAAACAUUAGCAAAGGUCCCUUCAAAUCAUGUAGGAAAACCUUUAUUGUCGAAACCAUUGGGUCCAGUCCAUUGGGAAAAAAUUGAAGCUAUUAAUCAAGCCAUAGCCAAUGAAUAUGAAGUUCGGAGAAAAUUAUUAGUGAAACGUCUGGAUGUAACUGUACAGUCAUUUGGAUGGUCAGAUCGAGCAAAGAGCCAAGCAGAGAAAUUGGCUAAAGUCUAUCAGCCAAAGCGUGCCAUCUUGUCUGCUAAAUGUGCUAUAUCUGUUGCACACCUCUUGGCAGCUCGGCAGGAUUUAUCAAAGAUAAUGAGGACUAGCAGUGGCUCUAUCAGAGAAAAGACUGCAUGUGCCAUUAAUAAGGUGCUUAUGGGCCGAGUGCCUGACCGAGGUGGGAGACCCAAUGAAAUCGAGCCACCUCCACCUGAAAUGCCACCAUGGCAGAAAAGGCAAGAUGGUCCUCAACAGCAAAGUGGUGGGGGCAGAGGUGGAAGAGGUGGCUAUGAGUCAUCAUAUGGAGGACGUGGAGGCUAUGACCAAGGGAGUCAUGACCGAGGAGGCCGAGGAGGAUAUGACCAAGGAAGUUAUGAAAGAGGAAGUCGAGGAGGGUAUGACUCAUCAUAUGGAAACCGAGGAAGUCAUGAACAUGGGGGUCAUGAACGAGGCCGUGGACGUGGUGGCUAUGACCAUGGUGGCAGAGGGGGAGGAAGAGGAGGCAAACCUCAAGGUGGCUGGACCGAUGGUGGAGGAAGUGGCUAUCAAGAUCUCUAUAGGGAUAAUAAUUACAGAGAUUCCAGCUUUCAAACUGGUGGCUACCAUGGUGGCGGCAGUGGAGGUGGCUACCAAGGAGGAGGAUAUGGUGGUUACCAAUCAUAUUCAGGAAGUGGAUAUCAAGGUGGAAGUGGCACCUAUCAACAAGACAACAGAUACCAAGAUGGGCACACCGGUGAUCGAGGUGGAGGUCGUGGAGGAGGGCGAGGUGGCCGCGGAGGCCGUGGCAACCGAGGGCAAGGAGGUGGCUGGGGAGGAAGAGGUGCACAGAACAUUAAUCAGGGGGGUCAGUUUGAGCAGCAUUUCCAGCAAGGGGGAUAUCAGUACAAUCAAUCUGGAUUUGGACAAGGAAGACACUUCACAAGUUGAGGCUAUAAAAGUUUCUCAAUUGGCAGAGCUCAUGUAAUAGUAGUCUGCUUAUUUUUUCUUUUUGACUUAAUAUCAGUCGACAUGUCAGGCUGACCUUUCAAACUAUUUGUGCAUACCAUGAAAAUAUGGAUACACUGCCCAAGUCUAAAUGCAGUUUUCUUCUCCAGGACUCAGAACUUUAAUACAGCAGCCGAGGUUCUAUAUCUUAGUAAAAUGGAGAUUCAGAACGCAUGGGGUGUUCAUGCAAGUAAUAUGAGAACCAGGAUGCCUAUCUUUUUACAUGGACUUGUUUUUCCCAUGUAAAUCCUUCUCUUAUUUAUAUACCAUAUUGGAUUGCUGACUUCAGGUCUAUACUGUAACGCUGCACAUCUGUGUAGUUAGCUGUGCAUAAGUCCAGUUAAGUCAGAUGGAUUUAAGCAUUUUAACUAUGCAAAGAAUUGCAGCCUUCUUUGCUAGGUCCUGGAUUUAUUAUAUGAGCUCUACUGCUGGUAACUUGUUCAAGUAGCCUUAUUGCUCUGACACAUGUCAAAUCAAAUGUCCUGACACUCAUGCCAUGCAAAAUCAUAGUUAGUCAAGCUAAGUUGUAAAGAGAGACUAGAAAUAGCCCCAUGCUUCCCCAUACGCCCACCUUGCUCUCAUCGAUUACAAACCAGUUGGUCCCCUGAUCAGCCUAACUUUUACUUGAAACUAGCUAGCAGUAAUGGCAGCCUGGAACCAUUUUUUAUGCACUAAUUAAAACCACUCGACCUGAAACGCAGAAUGGUUUCGUUUUGUCAUCUAACUCGAGUUGAAAUGCCCUUCUGCUCAGUUUGUUACAUUUUUCUUCACUAAAAGUUGCAUUAGUGCGCCUUGCCUUUAUUUUUUGGGUUUAUUUGCAAAUAGAAAUAUUGUCAAGCUGUGAAAGAAAAUGGCUGAAGGUGUGCUCUUGUAAAAGGUGAGCAAUAAAAAAAAAAUAUCUGUU